UAAUAUAGUAAUUUGGUAAACUUCAUUUUCCAAAACUGAUACAUGGCAUAUCCGGUAAAAAGCAAUCUGUUUAUUACAGCCGCAAAUUCUGCUGUAAACAAUUCCAAACUCGCGUAAUACUGAUUUCAUUACUCUCAAUUCUCAAAUGUCAUUCUCAUUCUCCUUUCUUUUUAAUCAUAAACAACAGAACCCAAAAAUCUUUCUCAGUUCUCACCCUUCAAAUCUCAACAUCCAACAAAAAAUAGAAUCUUUAUUGACCAUAAUUUCUUACUAAGCAGAAAAAAGAAAAAAGAUGCAAUCUUUAGGUCUGAAAGUGUUCACUGAUUUUGGAAUAGUAGCAAAAAAAUCUUACAAUUCAAGAAAACAUUCUAACGGGUUGUCGGAUUUUGAUGUGGGUAUUCGGAAAAAUUGGUGUUGUUCCACCAUAAGGAGUAAAAAUGGUGGGUAUUGUAGAAUAGUGGCUUGUUGGAAUGUUGGUGGGGAGAGCAGCCCAAGUUCAAGCUCGGGCCCAGGCCCAGGCACAGGACCAAGUCAAGUUCCGGGUCAAAGCCAGGAUUCUGGUAGGGUUCUUUCUCGAACCCAAACAUAUCAAUUGCUUAAGCAACAAAUGGAGGUGGCAGCUAAAGCAGAGGAUUAUAAAGAAGCUGCAAGACUACGUGAUUCAUUGAGAUUAUUUGAGGAUGAAGAACCAGUUUUGCGUCUAAGGAGGCUUUUGAAAGAGGCUAUCGCUGAAGAGAGGUUUGAGGACGCUGCCAGACACAGAGAGGAACUUAAGGAGAUCUCUCCACAUUCUCUUUUGAAAUGUUCGAGUGAUGCUACUACCUUGGGAAUCCGAGUCCAAGUUAGGAGUGUCUACAUUGAGGGACGUAGUCAACCUUCGAAAGGCCAGUACUUUUAUGCCUAUAGGAUCAGAAUAACCAACAAUUCCAACCGCCCAGUGCAACUAUUACGGCGACAUUGGAUAAUAACUGAUGGCAAUGGGAGAACUGAGAAUGUUUGGGGCAUAGGAGUCAUCGGUGAGCAGCCAGUUAUACUUCCAAGUACCGGCUUUGAAUACUCUUCUGCAUGUCCGUUGAGUACUCCAAGUGGAAGAAUGGAGGGUGAUUUUGAAAUGAUUCACAUCGAUAAUGUAGGAUCAAAAACAUUCAACGUAGCAAUUGCGCCAUUUUCACUCUCAACAUUAGGAGAUGACAGUGAUCCUUUCUGAUACGAGACCUUUCAAAACCAAUAUAUUUAGACUCAAGCGUAAGCAUUUCGUAGCCCCCUGAAGUAAAUUGGUUCUAGUUUUGUUCGUCAGUAACCACUGAAAGUAGAAGAGAACAACUUGUCUUCUUUGGUGUUGUAAAGAUGAUGUGGAAAAGCCAGUAGUCGAUUAUACGAUUUAGUGUCGAUGUAUUUGUCGUGUUAUAUGUAGUAUUGAAUGUAAUAUAAGGCUCGACAGAUUUGCAGACGUUAGAUGUUAAUGUGCAGCUUCCUAGGUAAUAAGUUGAUUGGCAACAAUCACUUCUGUUCGAUUUUACGAUUUGGUGUCGAUGUAUAUGUCGUGUUAUGUGUUAUAUUGAUUGGCAAGACACAAGAAUUAAAUUAA